AUGAGUACAACACGAUCCAGCUCGCCAGAGCUCACAGCACUUCCACAGCGGCCAUCACCUACAGACUCUUCAACACUAGAAAUGAAGCGAACAACCGACGAACUCGAGCCAGGCACCACAACAGCACCACCCAUCAACAAAGCCCUCGAACGCCACAUCCUCCGCAAAGUCGACCUCACCCUCCUCACCCUCCUCAACAUCCUCUUCAUCGUCUCCUUCGCCGACCGCUCCAAUAUCGGCAACGCCAAAAUCGCCGGCAUGUCCCGCGACCUCCACCUCACCGGCAACCGCUACAACAUCGCCGUCAUGGUCUUCACAAUAGCAUACAUGACCUUCGGCCUGCCGGCUUCCAUCAUCUUCAAGAAGAUCGGCCCCUCGAGUCUCAGCUAUAUGAUGUUCAUCUGGGGGACUUUCGCGCUGAGUCAGGGGUUCGUGAAGAGUUGGGAGGCGCUGGUGGUGUGUAGAUUUCUGAUGGGGGUGUUUGAGGCGGGGUUUGUGCCGGGGUGUGCGUUUCUUAUUGGGAGUUAUUAUCGGGAUGGGGAGUUUUUGAGGAGGUAUGCGGUGUUUAUGAGUGGGGCUAUUAUUGCUGGGGCUUUCAAUGGAUUGUUCUCGUUUUUGCUGUCGAAGGCUGAUGGCGCUGGUGGCAUUGAGGGGUGGAGGUGGAUCUUCAUUGUAGAAGGCGCACUAACCUGCAUCCUCGCCCUCUUCGCCUACUUCUUCAUACCCGCCUUCCCGCAGGACACGAAAAUGUUCCAAGGCGAAGAGAAAGCAACCCUCCUCCAACGCCUCGACCUCAAAUCCCCAGAGCCCGAACCAAAAAUCAACAUCCGCAAAGAAAUCCUCACAGCCCUCUCCGAUUGGAAAAUCUGGACAGCAACCCUGACAUAUAUGGGAGUCCAAGAGAACGCCUCCUCAGUCGUCGCCUUCCUGCCCUCAAUCCUCAAAGGCCUCGGCUACACCUCCGUCCAAGCGCAAGUCCACUCUAUACCAAUCUACUGCGUCGCCUUCUUACUCACCCUAUCCUGCGCCUACGCCGCCGAGCGCCUCAAGCAGCGCUACUUCUUCGCCCUGUUUGGUGGCCUGCUCAAUCUCACGGGUCUGGCGAUCCAGCUUGGAAAUCCUGCUGAUACGAGGAUCCGAUAUAUGGGAACCUUCUUCAUGGCCUCUGGGUGUUAUAUCGUCAUGCCGAUUCUUGUAGUGUGGAAUGCGAUCAAUGUAGGGAAGGGAUACAAACGUGUUGUGGCAUUUGCUAUGACGACGGCGGUGGGGAAUUGUGGUGCGUUGGUGAGUAGUAAUGUUUACAUUACAGAGGAGGAGCCGAGGUAUAGGACGGGCUUCUCGGUGGGGACUGCGUUCAGUUGUCUGAGCAUUGCGAGUAUGUCGGCACUCUACUUUGGGUUGAGGCUUGCGAAUAGGAGGAAGGUGAGGAAGGCUCUAGAGCUCGAGGCUGGUGGUGAGGUGGAGAGUGAGAAAGAUCUGAAGCUUCAUCAGUUGUGA